UUCCUGUUCUCAUAUUACCUGGAAUCCCAUGAACACACCAACUUGUUAUUCCCUUUACAUUCUGGGCUCACUGCAUGUCACAGGACGUGUCUACCUUCAGCCUCAAGAAAUUGUAUCCUUUCAAGACAAAUGGCUAGCACAUUCUGUCGUCUCCUGGCUGGCCGUGCAACUGCUGCAUCCUUUGCAGCAGCAGGCACAGGGAUCCUAACCACUGGAUACCUCUUCAAUAAGCAAAAUGUUAAAGCUACUGUUCAAGAAAAACGAAAACUCUUCCCUCCAAGUGCAGACUAUCCUGAUCUCCGCAAACAUAACAACUGCAUGGCUGAAUGCCUCACACCAGCAAUUUAUGCCAGGCUAAGGGACAAGAUGACUCCCAAUGGCUACACCCUAGACCAGUGUAUCCAAACCGGGGUUGACAAUCCUGGCCAUCCUUUCAUUAAAACUGUGGGCAUGGUUGCAGGUGAUGAAGAAUCCUAUGAGGUAUUUGCUGAGAUUUUUGACCCUGUCAUUAAAGUGAGACAUAAUGGCUAUGAUCCAUGCACAAUGAAACAUCACACAGACCUGGAUGCAUCCAAGAUCACUCAUGGUCAUUUUGAUGAGCGAUAUGUCCUCUCAUCACGAGUACGUACUGGUCGUAGCAUCCGGGGUCUUAGCCUUCCUCCAGCUUGUACCAGGGCAGAGAGAAGAGAAGUGGAAAACGUUGUAGUCACUGCUCUAGCUGGGCUGAAAGGAGACCUUUCUGGAAAGUACUAUAGCUUGACAAAUAUGUCUGAGAAGGAUCAGCAGCAGCUUAUUGAUGAUCAUUUUCUCUUUGAUAAGCCAGUGUCCCCUUUGCUAACAUGUGCUGGGAUGGCACGUGACUGGCCAGAUGCCAGAGGAAUCUGGCAUAACAAUGACAAGACAUUUCUUGUCUGGAUUAAUGAAGAGGACCACACCAGGGUGAUCUCCAUGGAAAAGGGUGGCAACAUGAAACGGGUGUUUGAAAGAUUUUGUCAUGGUUUAAAAGAGGUUGAAAGAUUAAUUAAAGAACGAGGCUGGGAGUUCAUGUGGAAUGAACGUCUUGGAUACAUUCUGACUUGUCCUUCAAACCUAGGAACUGGUUUACGUGCUGGAGUCCAUGUAAAGCUGCCAAAGCUUAGCAAGGAUCCCAGGUUUCCAAAAAUCCUGGAUAACUUGAGGCUACAGAAGCGUGGCACUGGUGGAGUGGACACAGCAGCUGUAGCAGACGUGUAUGAUAUCUCCAACCUGGACCGCAUGGGUCGAUCAGAGGUAGAACUAGUUCAGAUUGUCAUUGAUGGAGUCAACUAUCUAGUUGACUGUGAGAAGAAACUGGAAAGAGCUCAAGACAUUAAAGUACCACCGCCAUUACCUCAGUUUGGCAGGAAGUGAUCUUGUGGCUGAUGUCUGUUAAUGAUAAAAAAUAUGGCUGCCAUUUUGACAGAAAGGCACCUCUGUAUAGCUCUAUUUAAAUACUGUGUUUAAUAAAACACUGCCUGAUACCCAA